CAUUCUUCAUAAGCAUUUCCUCUCUUCCUUUCUUUCUACUUCCACUACUGGACAAUAUUUUUAUCAAAUUAAAUUUCAAGUGUUUUUAAAUAGUAAAACUGUAACAAAUAAUGUCCCGUCGACCUUUUGACGCCUCCUUCAGUCGUCGUCCUGGUGGAAAUUCAGUAGGUGGAGGAGCCGGGUUGAUGGGAGAUUAUCAUGCACGAGGCGGUGGGGGUGGUUAUCAUCACGGCGGUGAGGACGAAGUCGAUUUUGGCGUUUCACGUGGAUCUUCUGGUGGUCGUGGACCUUCCUUGUCGUCACAGUUUGACCGUGUUCCAAGGGACGGGGCGAGGGCGAAGUUACAAUCGAGAUUUGACGAUGGGGGGGAUGAUGGGGGUGGUGAUGCAGGCGGCAAUGGAGGAGGAUGGCGAUAUCGGACACCAAGUCCUCAAAGAUUUCGGGGCGAACAAGACCGUGGAGGGGACCGUGCUGGGGGACGAGGACCGUCAUGGUCGACGCGAGGUAGCAUUGAUUACAUGGAUGGUGGCAGAGAUUAUGGCGGAAGUAGUGGUGGUGGUGGUUCGAUUUUCGACACGAUGGGAUCAGGUUUUCAACAAAAGCAACAAAUUCCACAACUCUUUCAACAGCAACAGCAACCCACUGGAAUUUUGAGGAACAGUAAUGAUGGAGUUGUUUUACUGCAACCUGCCGGGGGUCUCAUGGGCUUGAAUACUGCAGGAGCUAAUCCAUUUGGCGGACUUGGCGUCCUAGGCACAGGUCCCGUUAUGUUGGGAAAUCUUCCAAUGGCGUUUGGUCAGCAGCACCAGCUCCUCCAACAGCAGCAACAGUUAUCCAACCCCUUUGGCGCUGGUAUUGGCGGAGGAGGCUCUUCCAUUUACGGGGCACAAACUCAACAGCGCUUCGAUCACUCUCGAAACUUGAUCACGGCUUCUUCUAACGAUGGGGGUCGACUUCGACGUGACUUUAAUCGUAACGGUGGAGUUGGAAGGAGAUCCGAUGACCGGAAUAACCGAAGUGAUUCCGCAUCUUCACGAAAUAAUGAUCCACAGAGAAAAAGGAAUCUUGUCCUGCGUGAUCCCCAUCCUGAUGAAGCAGGAUCCAAUAAACGUCCCCGUAUCUCGAUGGGAAAUAACAAUAACAACAAGAAACCUGGCCAAGUGAAACGUGUCGACAUUGGAAAAAAGCCAGCCAACGUUGGAUCAUCCCACCGACCUGUUAAAAAAGAGAGCAACAAAGAAGAAGAAGCCGAGAUCAUAGUAAAGGUGGAAAUAGAGGAAGAGGAAGACGUCGUAGGUGAGGAUGGCGUCAUCACCAAGGUCAAGGUGAAAAAAAUUGUCGAAAAGAAGGUCGUCAAAGAUAAGACUGAAGAAAAGGAAAAGAAAACGGAAACAGAAUACGAUUCCAUCCCGGGAUGCGUCCUGGUCUGUAAAGUUUGCCAGAAAGUGAUGCAUGACGGACAGUCGUUCGAAUCCCACCUGAGUGGAAGGGCACACCAACUUUUAAUGAAAAUGUUAGAGGAACGAUUCAUGAAGAGGGUCGAACUUUUGAUGAAUGAGAGCAAAUGUGCCGAAGACGAAAUUGGUAUCGAAAUGGAUCGCCAACGUCGCGCCGGAGCGGGCAAAGGUGCCGGUGGUGGAAGGGUGGAGAAGCAUUCUGGAAAUUAUUGCAAAAUGUGCGACUGUAAUUAUUCCCAGAAUUGGGGGCAACAUAAAGUCAGUUUGGGACAUAGGGUUUUGAAAGAAUUUCUUCACCCAACCUGCCAAUUUUGUAAGGCACACUUUAUGCACAGGAAAGACUGGGUGACCCAUCUCGUCAGCCCUGCCCACUUUAAAAAGAUUCAAGAGCUCAAAGCUGAGCAGGGGUCGACUCCCUCCCUCGAAGCGGCCGAGUCUCACUUCCAAGAUGAACUAUUCUCAAUCCACAUUGAACUAAAUAUGGAGGAAAGGGUGACGAAUGCGAUUACAAUCCAAUCUCGGGACGGAAAAGAACCCCUUACCGAGGAGAUGAAGGAGAUCUUGAAAAACGAUCGGGGAGAGAUUGUGUUGCCGGACGGCGAGAUACCAUUGCCUAAAGAGUACAGCAACGAACUGAUGGUAGGCGCCGAUGCAGUCGUGGCCGUGAACGGGAACCGAUGUCGAGUUUGUCGCGUUUAUAUCCCGGAAGAUAAAAGUGUGGAUUCUCACUGCAGUUCGAGGGAGCAUUUCAACCAAUACGUUUCCUUCUUGAAGAGAGUGAAUCGACACCGCGAGCACCGAGAGAGAGAAAAGAAGGAAGCAGAAGAAAAGGCUAAGAAGGAUGAGGAACGGAAAAUAGAGAGAGAAAAGCGAAAGGCCGAAGAGAAAGCCAAGCAGGAGGCGCUUCAGAAAGAGAAAGCAGAAGGAGUCGUAGCUAAUGGAGAAACUACCAAGACGGAAGAUGGAAUUGAGUCUGACAAGAUCAUGGAAGUUGAUGAUGCAGCUGCGGGAGUGAAAAAAGAAAGCGAUGAGAACGCCAAGCUUCCCGCCGAGGACGGUGACGUUGUUACUGACCAAAAAGGCGAGGAGGAGCAAGCCGAGGUCGAUCAUGGUGAAGAAGAUAAUUUGCAUGCUGAGGAUGCAGAAGAUGAUGAGGACGAUGUGGAAGAGGUAGUUGAAGGAGAAGACGCAUUUUUAGGGACUGGUGACGACGGAACGACAGAAGUAGAUUACGAAGGUGGCGAGGAAUUUGAUACGAGUGGCGAAUUCCCCACUAUUGUUGGAGUUACAGGGGGCGUUGAAGUCCCUAUGGAUCAACACGACGUCGAAGAUGUUCCAGAUGAUGACGACGUCGUGAUUGAGGGAGAAGAAUCCAGCGACUCUGUUCAGGAGAUCGAACCGGUCAUUGUCGUCCCCACGAGUAAAACCCCAGCCAUAGGAGCCCGACGCGGUAGACGAGGAGCAGUUCGUGGUACUCCUGCGACAACGCCGGCGCUGAAAAAUGUUCUUCCCAAGGUGGACACGAAUAUGCGUGGAAGAUCACGCCCAACUGCAACUCGAGGUGUCCCGAGGACACCAGUUCGAAGAGGCCGUUAAAACCACUUAAUUUUUACACACAUGUACUUUUUUGUUAGAUUUUUAGCUGAUCUUUAAAUAAAACUCGGAAUGGUAAUAAAUGGAAUAGUUUACAAGAA